AUGGCAGCCAAUGUUGUUGUCUCCAAACAAGGAGAUGGGCAAUACACCACUCUUGCUGAUGCUGUGAAAAAUAUUCCCAUCAAUCAUCAAGGAACCUACAUCAUACAGAUCAAGGCUGGUGUUUAUGACGAAAAUGUGACUAUCAAUAACUCUAAUAUCACUCUUCUCGGUGAUGGCAAGGGCAAGACUAUCUUUCGUAGCAGUCGAAACAAAAAUGGUGGUUUCAAUAUAUCAGUGUCUGGUGCAGUAGUUCUAUUGGGAGAUAACUUCUUUGUUAAGGACAUUACUUUCGAGAACACAUCAGACCCGGCGAAUGAUCAAGCUGUGGCUCUGUAUAGCAAGGGUGACAAAUCUGUGUUUUAUCUCUGUGAAUUCAUCGGUCACCAAGACACAUUGUAUGUGAACGGUAACAGACAGUUCUUCAGAGAAUGCGACAUAAGUGGAACUAUUGAUUUCAUCUUUGGAGAUGCUGCAAUGAUCUUACAGAAAUGCAACAUCAAGUUUCGUCAACCGGUUGGUGAGCAAACCAAUACGAUGACGGCUCAAGGACGGACAGAUCCAAACUUGAAGACUGCCAUUGUUGUCCAUGAUUGCCAAAUAAUUGCAGACAAUGGUUUUGUGCCAGGAUCAGUACCGUGUUAUCUUGGAAGACCAUGGAAGCAGUUCUCCAGAACAAUUGUCAUGCAGUCAUGCAUUAGCAAUGUGAUUGAUCCAGCUGGCUGGCUUCAGUGGCCUGGACAACCAGGUUAUUUCAAUACUUUGGAUUAUGAGGAAUUUGGCAAUGGAGGUCCAGGAUCAUACAUUGGAAAUCGUGUGAACUGGCCUGGGCGCAAAAAGGAGGUGACUGCAAAUGAUGUAUUGCAAUUUACGGUGACAAACUUCAUCAAUGGAGAUCAAUGGCUUCCUGCAACAGGUGUUCCAUUCACCCCAGGCUUCCUGAAGGAUAUGACGUGCACUUAA